CUGGACUGACAAUAUACCAGACACCAUGUGUUACUGUCAGAGAAGGGGGCACUGUCAUAAUGAACUGCACUUUGUCAGAAGAAACUCUCGGACCUGUCCGAUGGUACAAGGGGGGCAGUCAUCAGCAGCAGCUCCUGUUCUCGCAGUCUGAAAGUGAUAAACCAAAUCCACGAGUGAAUAAGACUGUAAAGGAAGGCCCUACAAGAGAAACUGAUCAUUCCAUCACAUUUAGUCAUAUUCAUUUUGAAGAUGCUGGGGUGUAUUACUGUGUGAAGCUGAAAUCUGACAAGGUAACUGUGGUUACAAAUGGAUCAGGAACACACCUUUAUGUAAACAGACUGACAAUAUACCAGACCCCAUGUAUUACAGGCACAGAAGGAGGCACUGUCAUAAUGAACUGCACUUUGUCAGAAGAAACUCUUGGACCUGUCCGAUGGUACAAGAGGGGCAGUCAGCAGCAGCAGCUCCUGUACUCGCAGUCUGAAAGUGAUAAACCAAAUCCACGAGUGAGUAAAACUGUAAAUGAAGGCCCUAAAAGACAAACUGAUUAUUCCAUCACAUUUACACGUAUUCAGUUGGAAGAUGCCGGGAUGUAUUACUGCGUGAAGUUCAAAUCUGACAAGGUAGCAGUGGUUACAAAUGGAUCAGGAACACACCUUUAUGUAAACAGUAAGUAA